AUGAAACUCCUUUCCACACUCGGCUGCAUUGCCAUUUGUCUCCGGUCGACAUUGGCAUUGGCAACAGAAGAGACAUGUGGAACUGUUAAGUGGUACAAUUCAGAGAAAGGAUUUGGUUUCAUUACACCUGAUAACGACGGGAAUGAUGUUUUUGUCCAUUAUUCGGGAGUGAAGGAGGAUGGCUUCAAAGUACUUGGAGAAGGCCAACAUGUCUGCUAUCAACUUCAGAAUGGCCUCAAGGGACCAUCUGCAACGGACGUUCACCCAGCACCUAAGGAGGAAUAG